AACUAGACUGAAUUGUCUGAAUCUUGAAGAAAAGAGUUUUUGAUAUUCUUAAAAAUAAAAUUCAAACUUAGAUAAGAAAACAAUUUGAAAUUGUGACCAUUUUAUUUUGAUCUUUUUGAUAUUCGAAUAGUUUUGCUUAAACUUCUGAAUGCUUUGCUAAAUUAUGUAAUUAAUUACUUGUUUUUUUUGAAUUAUAAUUGAGAUUUUUGUCUUUGCUUUAAUAAAGAUAAUGCACAAGGUGGAGGCCAAUGGGGAGAUUUUACUGGUCUUGAAAGCAAAGAAAUUCGUCGUGUAUUUAUUCGAAAAGUUUAUAUAAUUCUUAUGAUUCAAUUAUCGAUUACAUUUGGUUUUAUUGCAUUAUUUCAUUUUACACCACCGAUCCGUGAAUAUGUACAAAGUCAAAAUGGCAGAUGGCUUUAUUUUGCAUCAUAUGGUGUUUUCUUGGUUACUUAUUUUGCAUUGGUUUGUUCGCAACGUGCAGCACGAAGAUUUCCACUUAAUCUUAUUUUACUCGGCAUUUUGACAUUAUCAAUGAGUUAUAUGAUGGGUAUGAUUUCAGCAUAUUAUAAAAUUGAAUCAAUUUUGAUUGCUGUUGGUAUAACAACAGUUGUUUGUUUGGGUGUUACAUUAUUUUCAUUUCAAACAAAAUAUGAUUUUACAUCAUGUUUUGGAGUUUUAUUUGUUAUGUCAUUAGCACUUUUAGCUUUUGGAAUUGUUUGUGCUUUUACUUAUUCAAGAAUAUUGUAUACAGUCUAUGCUGGUCUUGGAGCUGUGGCUUUUUCGAUUUUCUUGGCUGUUGAUACCCAAUUAAUUAUGGGUGGAAAACGACACGAAAUAAGUGCUGAAGAUCAUAUUUUUGCAUCACUUAUGCUUUAUAUUGAUAUUAUUUAUAUAUUUGUAUUUAUUCUGAGUUUGAUCGGUAAUCGGGAAUGA